AUGGGAAGGAGAGAAGAGGAGAGGAGAGGAGCGGGGGAAAUUCUUCCAAUAUGCAUUUGGUGUUGCUGCUUGUUGCCGUUGCAGCUGCUGUUGCUAGCGAUUGUUGAUGGUUGUGUUGGUAGUGGUGCUGCCGCUGCUACUGCCUUUGAUGAUGAUGAUGAUGAUGAUGAUGAUGAUGUUGAUGAUGAUGAUAAUGAUGAUGGUGAUGGCGAUGAUGACGACGAUGGUGGUGGUGGUGUAUUAGCGAAAUGGGAACCGACAUUGAAGAGGUGGCUGAGCAGCUGUUGUUAUUGAGA